GACUCUAAGGUAACCGCCGCUAAAACCGGGCCAGUCCCGCCGCCGAUACCAUGCGCCAACGUGAACCCUAUAUAUAUAGUCUGGAUACACCUCAGCUCGCAUCCAUGAAGCACAGCACUACGUGGUACACAGCCCAUCCUGACAAUACCAAGCCGCUGCCCGGCUGACAUGGGUCGAUCUGUACCACGGAUGGAGGCAAAAAGAACAGCCCCUUGCCACCGUAUGUGUAUACGGUGGGCCUUUACCAACCUAACUGUCCGUGGGGAGGUUCAAAUACCUACCGCAAAGUAA